AUGUCGAAAUCGACUUCAACCAGACGGUGGUACCAAUGGUACUCGCCAACCGACUCACCGGAAGAAAAGAAACUCAUUGCGAAGCUCGAUCUUCUAAUAGUCCCAUAUGCGUUUAUCCUCUAUUGGGUAAAAUAUAUUGAUCAAACGAAUAUCAAUAACGCCUAUGUUUCUGGCAUGUCAGACGAGCUUAACUUCAAGGGCAAUGAGCUCGUACAGUUUCAGACCAUCUUCGUCGUUGGAAACGUGGUUGGGUUACUCCCGUUCAUCUACCUAUUUCCGCGCGUGCCAAUGCAUCUCCUGGUGCCUACUCUGGACCUUGGUUGGGGAAUUUUCACACUCUUACAGUACCGGGCUCAAAGCUACGGCGAGAUUAUGGCUUAUCGCUUCAUGGUUUCCUUGUUCGAGGCGAGUUACUUUCCAGGUGUGCAUUUUGUUCUGGGGAGUUGGUACAGGAGUGACGAGAUCGGCCGACGUGGGGGCAUCUUUUAUGUUGGCCUGACACUUGGGACACUCACUGCUGGUUUACUUCAAUCAGCCGCAACGACAUAUCUCGAUGGCGUGCAUGGACUGGCAGGAUGGAGAUGGCUGUUCAUCAUCAACGCAAUCAUCACACUGCCCCUUGCGAUUCUCGGAUAUUUUGUCUGGCCUGGAACGCCAGCUAGGCCUAAUCGUUUGGUUAUCAAGGAUUCCGAGCUCGAUUUAGCACGAUCGCGCUUAGAGAAUGCUGGCGCCAAGGUUCACAGCACCCCGUUCUCUCUGAAGCUCCUAAAACGAAUCUUCACCAAUUGGCGUUUUUACACCAUAGUUCUGUGGGAUAUCUUCUUCUUUAAUACCUCCGCGAAUAGUGCUGCGUUCUUGCUCUGGAUCAAGAGUCUUCAUCGAUUCGACACAGCGACUAUGAACCAACUCGCCACGAUCAGUCCAGCACUGGGCAUCUUCUUCGUGCUCUUCAUCAACUUCAGCGCCGACCUCUGGAUUGGACGUGCAGCUGCUAUCACUCUUGCCUCCACAGUUAACUUUACUGGCCUUGUUAUCCUUGCAAUUUGGAAUGUGCCGGAAUCAGCGAAAUGGUUUGCCUUCAGUGUGAGCUAUUCUGCCGUGGCGGUCUCCUCGGUGCUCUACGGCUGGGCAAACAUCAUCAUGAAGGACAAUAUCGAAGAGCGGUCGCUGACGCUGAUUCUGAUGACGGCCAUCGCGACGUCAACCAACGCCUGGAUCCCACUCUUCGUAUACCCCACUGUCGACGCCCCAAGGUUUCCCAAGGGUUACGUAUACUCUGCAUGCAUGGUUGUUUGUUUGGUAAUAAUGACUCAGGUCGUUCGAGUUCUAUUCAAAGAUGGACGAGGAACACAACAUCAGUGA